AUGGAUCUCCCUCACCGUCUCUCAUCAAUCCUCAUCAUCUUCCUCACAAUCACCACCUCCUUCGCCGAGAUCCGCAAAUCCGAGAUCCGAUCCGAUGACCGCCCCAUCAUCCCCCUCGACGAAUUCGGAUUCACUCACACAGGCCGCCUCGAGCUCGACGCCUCGAAAAUCUCCCUCUCAAACACCAACCCCGACCUCGAUCUCUCCAAGGUCGGCUUCUUCCUCUGCACGCGCGACGCCUGGGUGCACGUGAUCCAACAGCUCGAGGAGGAGGAGAUCACGUGCGCUCUCCAAUCAGAUCUCGUCAAACACGUCUUCACCUUCAACAGACUCAACAGAAACACUUCCUUCUCAACCGUAUUCACCGAAAACGACGCCGAUCAGUACUCCCUCGUCUUCGCCAACUGUCUCCAGACGGUUAAAGUCUCCAUGGACGUUAGAUCCGCUAUGUAUAACCUCGAAGGGAAGAACGGAGGACGGGAUUACCUCUCCGCGGGGAGAACCGUUCUUCCGAAAGUAUAUUUCCUCUUCUCUGUGAUCUACUUCUCUUUAGCCGCCACGUGGAUCUACGUUUUAUUUAAAAAACGACGCACGGUGUUCGCGAUACAUUUCUUCAUGUUAGGAGUUGUUGUUUUGAAAGCUUUGAAUCUGUUAUGUGAGGCUGAGGAUAAAUCGUAUAUUAAGAAAACAGGGAACGGUCAUGGAUGGGAUGUGUUGUUUUACAUCUUUAGUUUCCUUAAAGGAAUCACUCUUUUCACUUUGAUUGUUUUGAUUGGAACGGGGUGGUCUUUCUUGAAGCCUUACUUGCAGGACAAGGAAAAGAAAGUGUUGAUGAUAGUCAUUCCUCUUCAAGUUGUUGCUAACUUCGCGCAGGUUGUUAUCGAUGAGACGGGGCCGUACGGGCAAGAUUGGGUCACAUGGAAACAGAUUUUUUUACUUGUUGAUGUGGUUUGUUGCUGUGCUGUUUUGUUUCCCAUUGUUUGGUCGAUCAAGAACUUGCGUGAGGCGGCGAAGACUGAUGGGAAGGCGGCUGUGAAUUUGGUGAAGUUGACUCUGUUUAGGCAUUACUACAUUGUGGUUAUCUGUUAUAUCUACUUUACACGAGUUGUUGUGUAUGCGUUGGAGACUAUUACUUCUUACAAGUAUAUGUGGACUAGUGUUGUUGCUAGCGAGUUGGCUACCUUGGCGUUCUAUCUGUUUACUGGGUAUAAGUUUAGGCCGGAGGUGCAUAACCCGUACUUUGUUGUUGAUGAUGAUGAGGAAGAGGCUGCAGCUGAGGCUCUGAAGCUUGACGAUGAGUUUGAAUUGUAAGUCGCAGAGAAGCAUACUUUUGUUUGACAUGAUGGUUAUAUCUGGUAAAAAAACAGCUUCUCUUAUCUGGUUCUUUUUCGUUUUAAAGUUUUAUAUUUAUGAUGUAAUACAUGUUUUGUUUAAUUGAGUUGGUAGGAACACUUAUUUUAGACUCCUAUGAAUGUCUUGUUCAUUGCAUAGUAUUAUUGUGUAUUAGUGGUAAAUAAAACGCUUGGUGGUUUAUAGUUAUAUGAUGAGUCUCUGCUUACCAUAUGAAAAUAAAAAGCGAGAAAAG